AUGGUUCGCCCAACUUCAAACCUUACUUGCGAGAUUGCUCGCCCACUUAUUGUGACUGGCGCAGAGGAGAAGGAUGGCUACCUUUACUCAUCGCACUCUUAUACACGUACUGUAGUUGACGCGCAGGAGGCUCGCAUGGUGGCUACCACCAAGACCACUAAGGUGGACUACCGUACGGAGGUUCGGGUCCCUCGGGUGGGUGUGAUGUUUAUAGGACUGGCGGGCAACAACGGGACCACUUUGGCUGCCGGUCUGCUGGCGAACAAGAAGGGUGUCACUUGGGAGACACAGCGAGGUGAUCGCCGUGCGAACUGGCUGGGGUCUGUGGCCAUGACUGCAACUUGUAAAGUCGGCGUCAACGAACAGAACGGGGAGGAAAUUUAUAUGCCGGUUAACCGUUUGCUGCCCAUGCUGCACCCCGACAACCUGGUAUUGGGUGGUUGGGAUAUUAAUGCCAUGCCACUGGACGAGGCCAUGAAGCGAGCUGGAGUAUUGCCUGUGGAGGUCCAGCGUCAGCUCCGCGAGGAGAUGAACGGGAUCGCAGUCUACCCAGGGGUGUAUGACUACGACUUUAUCGCCACCAACCAAGAAGUUAGAGCUGACCAUGUGAUAACCCGCAAGGACAAGCAGGGCCAGCUCGAGACGCUGAGGAGCAACAUCCGCGAGUUCAAGAAGGCCAAUGACCUAGAGAAGGUGAUUAUUUUCUGGAAUGGCAAUACGGAACGCUUCAGCGACCACCUUGAGGGUGUCCACGACACUGCCGAGCACCUGCUGGAAGCAAUCAGAAACAACACCACCGAGAUCGCUCCCUCGCUGCUGUACUGUGUGGCCGCAGUCUUGGAGGGUUGCGCCUAUGUGAAUGGCUCGCCACAGAACACCUUUUGCGACGGAGUUUUGGAGUUAGCGAAGCAGAAAGGUGUGUAUCUAGCAGGCGACGACCUGAAGACGGGUCAGACCAAGUUCAAGUCGGUGAUGGCCGACUUUUUAGUGUCCACUGGCCUGAAGCCUGUGUCGAUCGUGAGCUACAACCACUUAGGUAACAACGACGGACUCAAUCUGAGUUCCGAGAAGCAGUUCAGGAGCAAGGAGAUCACCAAGGCGUCAGUGGUUGACGACAUGAUCGCCAGCAACAGUCUUCUUUACAAAGAGGGCGAGCACCCCGACCAUCUCAUCGUAAUUAAAUACGUGCCGACCGUAGGCGAUAGCAAGCGUGCCUUGGACGAGUACACGGCCGAUAUUUUCAUGAACGGCGCGCAGACGGUGGUGGUCCACAACACCUGCGAGGACAGCUUGCUCGCCGCACCCAUCAUUCUUGACCUGGUUUUGUUUAUGGAACUGCUGCAACGCAUCCACGUCAAGACCGAACAGGACCAGGAGUUCCAGCAGCUCGACACGCUGGCAUCACUCCUCUCCCUUUUCCUCAAGGCGCCCCAAGUCCCUAAACACGCUCCCGUCAUCAACGCCCUCUUCCCCCAAAGGGAAGCACUUGUGGACUUCCUCAGGGCCGCCGCUGGCCUCCCCGCCACCGACUAUAUAGCACUUAAUUACAGACGCACCCAAAACUAA